GCCAUCCCAGCUCGAGCAGCACCUCCUCUCGAGGGCCCCGGCCGACCGCAGAGGGCGACGGCGCGCGCCGCCACCGCCUGCAGCAGCAUGGCCGCCGGAGACGCCCCCGCCGGGCACCCUCCGCCGCGCCCGACCACGCGGGCGGCCAAAGGCUCCGGCAAGGGCCCUCCGCCUCCGCCCCCGCCCAGGACCGCGCAGGCCCCUGGCAGGGGCGGCGGCGCGCGGGCGGCCUCGGGCCGCGGCGCGGGGGCGCCCGCCGCGGGCGCGCCGCUCCAGGAGCAUGCCCCCGCAGCGGCUGCGGCCGCCGGGGCCGCCGCCGCCGCGCAGGUGGCCAGCAGGGCUCCGGUGCAGGUGCGCGCCUGCCUGAUGGACGGCCGGGAGAUCCCGAUGUACUGCAGCCGGACUCGUUGGUGAAGAGCGCGCAGUCCGAGGUAGCGCGCGUCCUGGACAUCCGUGCGGCGCGCGUGAGGCUGGUGCUGGGCGCCACCAAGCUCGACAGCUUCGGCACGGUGGGGGAGUCCGGGGUGCGCGACGGUGCAAGCCUGAUGGUCGUCGUGCUCCCGCCCGUCUACGGCACUCUGGACCAGAUGGGCAUCAGCCCGCCUGAUAGCAUCCUCUCGCUGAAAGCCGACCUGCAUAGUGAGCUCGUCAUGGCCAGGGCAGGGUCAGCCUGA